CUUGUACAUUGCAGGCAGACGACAAAUGUCGACAGCCCUUAAUUAGGAAGUAGAAAAAGUUAUAUUUUAUAUUAUUUUAGAUUUUUAUAUUUGUCAUCUAAAAAGAUUAACUAGAAAGACUGAUCUUUGAUUGAUGCGUAGCAGCCGCAACAAUAGGUAGAAGACGUGCAAGGGCUAGCAUGGCGCGCGCAGCUCCCAACAACAAUUUGUCCACCUACAAGUUGGUGGUGGUCGGAGACGGAGGUGUUGGCAAAAGUGCAAUCACCAUCCAGUUUUUCCAAAAGCUAUUUGUUACCGAUUACGACCCGACUAUUGAAGACAGCUACAUUCAACACAUAGAAGUGGAUGGUCAAAUGUGUAUAUUAGAUGUGCUAGAUACAGCUGGGCAAGAAGAGUUCAGUGCAAUGCGAGAACAGUAUAUGAGGAAAGGCGAUGGCUUCAUGUUGGUUUAUUCUGUAACUGAUGAGCAAAGUUACGAAAAUAUAGUAAAUUUCCACACACAGAUUCUCCGAGUAAAAGACAGAGAUACCUACCCGAUGCUCCUGGUAGCUAAUAAGGUAGACCUCGUACAUCUACGCAAGGUGUCUGAGGACCAUGGUCGUGAGCUGGCGCAGAGACUGAGCGUCCCAGCCUACAUAGAGACUAGCGCUAAGGACCCUCCACUCAACAUUGACACUGCCUUCCAGGAGAUUGUGAGAAUAAUAAGAAAUCAGCCCCCGGCAGAGGCAGAGAAAAACCGCCAUCGUCGCCGAUCCAAAAAAUGUGUGUUGAUGUAAAGGGAAUGUAACCUACUUCCGAUUCUUCAAAAACCUACAAGUCUGUCGGUAUGGUAUUCUUAUAAUGUUUUUACGUAAGAAACUGUAUAAGGAUUCAUCAUCAAAAUGAGCUUUAACGCCCAUUGAGAGUUUGAUAAUCUGCUUCUUGUAAGCCUACUAUAUUUGCCCAUAUUUAUACUGUUUUUAUUUCUUUGUGACAUUUUCUUUACAUUUAUUAUUGUACACUUUUCUUAUUUUAACCAUCACCAGAUGGUGAAAUAUAUUUUGUUACUCAGUUGCUAUCAAAUCAGUAAUAUAUAGGCCUACAGUUGUAACAACUGUUUCUGUCAUGCAUUUUACUGUACAAAAAUUGAAUUGUAAAUGCUUUCUAGUCAAUAGUUGAUCCAACAAGAAUUUUAUUGUUUGUUGUCCAUUGAUAGUCAGACUUUCUAGUCUCAUUUAUACAAUAAGGGUUGUGUUAGAGUGACUUUAUUAUAGCCUAUUUGAGGAAGUGUGAAAAAUGGUGGGAAUUCAAUAGUUUAUUAUUUUCUAAUUUUAACAGUAUUUACAAACUUCAAAUUUGUUGUUUAUUUUAAUCUGUUGAGGUGAUUUAAGAAUUAAUGAAUAAUAGAAAUAUACAGUAGAAUCCUUUAGUUUAAUGAAUGCAAUAUAAACCAAUUAAUUACAUUAAAAAAUCCAUCAACCAAAGAUUGAAUUUAAGUGUUGUCAUUUACGACUUAAUAUGGGUUUGUGAGUUUAAUAUUAGCUAACUGCCCUUUGUUUGGUUUUAAUAAAACCUAAUGCCUAAGCCCACAUUCAUGAUGAAAUAUUCCAUAAAAUUAAUGCAAGAUUCUAUGACUCCACUACAGAGAAGUAAGAUAAAGAGGAAUCAUUCAGUGGUAUACUUAAAUGGUGUCUAGCUCUAGUUGCUGGUGUCUAGCACUAGUUGCUGUUGUCUAGCACUAGUUGCUGUUGUCUAGCACUAGUUGCUGUUGUCUAGCACUAGAUGCUGGUGUCUAGCACUAGAUGCUGGUGUCUAGCACUAGUUGCUGGUGUCUAGCACUAGUUGCUGUUGUCUAGCACUAGAUGCUGGUGUCUAGCACUAGUUGUUGUUGCCCUAGAUGCUGGUGUCUAGCACUAGUUGCUGUUGUCUAGCACUAGAUGCUGGUGUCUAGCACUAGAUGCUGGUGUCUAGCACUAGAUGCUGGUGUCUAGCACUAGUUGCUGGUGUCUAGGGCAAAGUCCAACACCGCCCCUCUCGCCAUCAUGUACUACAACGAUCACGGAAUUACCUCAGGGUACUUGCUUCCUAGUUCCUCACAAGUAUAUUUCCGGUACAACAUAAUAGACCUGAAAGCACACAGUCUUCCUAAGCAAGUUUCCUCUUUACCUUACUUCUCCGUGCUUAUAAUAACCUUUUCUUUGAGGUUUACGGAUUAGCAGGAAACUGGAUUAUGCGGUGGCCCUAAUGUUCCUACUCAUUAAUAUAUUUUUACAUUUAAAAAUCACUAUUUUUAAACAGAAUGGUUUUUAACCUUACAAAUUUUGCAUUUAUUUACGUAUUGUUUAAAUUUUUUAUUCCAUAUACAAUUUUAGCCAAACAUUUUUAACUUCUUUGUCAACUCAUGUUAUGAAUGUGUUUAUUCAUUAUAGGGUAAUGUAAUGUACGUACUGUUAAAUUGUCCAUUAUCUGUCUAUUUGGUGAAGGGAGAAUAAUGCUAACAUGAUGCAAGAAAUGUAGGAAACAUUAAGGAUAAUUUUUUAUUUUCCAUAAGCUUGGGGCUUCAUAGAGAAGUAAUAAAUACACUAAAUACAGAUUACUCGUCAGAGCAAGUUGGAUCACAAAUAUCAUCAUUGAUUGUGUUUCUCCUAUCAAUCAAAAGUGUAUGACUUUUACCGAUUUCUGUUAAGUACAUUUGUUACACCUACCGGUUUUGAAACGAGACGCGAGUAUGAGGUACUAUUUUAUGAAUAUUUACUCUGUAUUUGUUACAUCUUUGUGGGGCCUUUAAGGCCAGAUGCUGUGUAUGCUGUGUUAUUAAGUGCGUUCAUAGUGGAGCUGUGAUAAACGAAACGAUGAGAGCAGGGAUGUUGGUAAAUUAGUUCUGUUGUUAUAAGUAGCGCUUUGCUUCUAUUGGAACAGACCACAGACUUAAACAAAAGUACGUCUGUUUCAUCUACGCAUUGCUAGGAUCGGAGCUUGUAUCGUUAAUCGCAGCUCUGACACGAACACACCCUUAUAGUCAAAUAUUUGUUUAGUUCCUUGAACAAUUUUUACUGUGACUUCAUAUUUUUCAUAAAAUGUUUCUACCUAUAAGAAAGAUAAAGAUUAUUGAAUAAGUAAAUGAGAUCAGUCUGAACAACUUCGGCAUUUAAAAUAUUUUAUAGAUGUUAUUGACUAGUAAUUUUUUAUCAUAACAGUAAAUGCUUUAUGGUUUGUAUAAUCUUAUUUCCUAAUUUUGUAGAAAAUGUUGGUUUUAAAUUAUACUACUAAACCAUGUAAUUCCAACCCUGUUAUUUUGGUUGGUAUUGUAAUAAGAUAAGUAUUAUUAAAUAUAAACGCUUUAUAAUUUCUACAAAACAAUAAUUUUGUUAUGUUAACUUAAAUCUAUGCUGUGUUUUUAUUUUAUCAAAUAUUUUACAUUGCCUUUUUGUGAGUCUCUUCAAAUGUUUGCAGUGUUUCUGAAUUACUUUGAUGAAAGGUAUGUCAGUUUGUGCUUUUCCAAAACCUUUCUUAGGUGUUUAGACAUUUUUAGUUUGGUAAAGCCAUGAACCUUCCUACUAAGGAAAAUUUACAAAAUUUUAGCUAUAAAACCCCUUAAAAAACUUGAAAUCUAAUUUUUACUGUAAACUAAUUAAUUAUCAUGACUUUUAUAAAAGAAAACCCCCAAAAACAGGAAGAUGCCAAAUACUAUCCCCUGGAAAACCACUUACUCAGGUGAAAUGUGACUCACAAAAUCUGCCACCUAAUCAAUAUGGGAGCCAUGUCUGUGACUGGAAUACUACCCAAAAUAAAAAAAUAAGAUGCAAAAUAAUAGCAAAAUAAAAAAAAUAUCAAAAUAAGAUGCAAUAUUGAAAUUUUAAUUCAUAUAAUUCUGUUUGAUAACAGAAAAUUUUAAUUCAUAUAAUUCUGUUUGAUAACAGAAUACCCCCGUCGCAGCAAACCUGACAACUAAGCGAAUUUCCAUUUGUCUGAAUUGAUUUUCAAUUAAAUAUAUUUAAAUAACAUUAUAGGUCGAGUACCUAGGUUUGCUGCUACAAGGAAACUAAUAAAGUGUGUUUUUUAGUAAAAUAUUAAUAGCUUAGUACAAAAUAAAUAAGUUUGCCAAGUUUGAUCAAAAUAUAUCCAUAAACAACCAAACUACAACA